GAGGCAACAAGAACAAUGCUCGCCAAAAUCUGCAUCCUCGCAAUCUGCUGCAUCGCAGCCACCCAGUCUUUGAAUAUCAUUUCUAGAGCUGGUUGGGGCGCGAGACCAGCGAAAUGGGCUUCCAACAAUUUGGCUGUGAAUCCACCGUCCCAUGUCGCCAUCCAUCACGGCGAUAGUCCGAGCUGUUACAACAAAGCCGCCUGCACCUCCAGAGUUAAGUCUUAUCAAGAUUGGCAUAUGGAUGGUAACGGUUGGAACGAUAUCGGCUACAACUUUGUCGUCGGUGAAGACGGUAACGUUUACGAAGGUCAAGGUUGGGGUAAACACGGUGCUCACGCCGUCCCUUUGAACCGCAUGAGCAUCGGCAUCUGCGUCAUCGGAUCUUUCAACGGUGCCGCCCCGAACGCCGCUGCCCAAAAGGCCGUACAAGAAUUGAUCGCUUAUGGUGUUUCCAACGGAAAGAUCCAAACCAACUACAAAUUGGUCGGACAUCGUCAAGUUGAUAACACUGAUUGUCCCGGAACAGCCUUCUACAAUGUGAUCAAGGGAUGGAAGAACUGGUCCGCCAACCCUUGAAUCAAUUACCACCCGAACGCCAUC